GUUCACCCCUGACUGAGUCCCAUGGCGCCGCAAAGCAUUGAGGGAAGAAAAUGGCGUCCCUGCUGAAGAAGUGAACAUCGGGGCCGGUUUCCCGGAGCUUAGAUUAAGCCGAGCUGAGUUCCCGGGAUCUGGACAUACGGGGAGGGUAGACCCCGGAGCAGAGACCGGCUGAGGGCAGGCUAAAGGAAAGCAGGAUGUUGACCCUGGCCAGCAAGCUGAAGCGGGAUGAUGGUGUGAAAGGGAGCAGGACAUCCAAUACGAUCUCUGACUCCUCUCGCAGAAUAUCCGUCCGAGACAGAUUGCUCGUGAAAGAAGUUGCAGAACUUGAAGCAAACCUGCCAUGCACCUGUAAAGUGAAUUUCCCUGACCCGAACAAGCUACAUAACUUCCAGCUGAUUGUGAGCCCAGAUGAGAGCUAUUACCAAGGUGGGAAGUUCCAGUUUGAAAUUGAGGUUCCAGAUGCCUAUAACAUGGUGCCUCCUAAAGUGAAGUGCUUAACGCGGAUCUGGCAUCCGAACAUCACCGAGACGGGAGAGAUCUGUUUAAGUUUACUUAGAGAGCACUCAAUAGAUGGGACGGGCUGGGCCCCAACUCGAACCUUAAAGGAUGUUGUAUGGGGAUUGAACUCCUUGUUUACAGAUCUGUUAAAUUUUGAUGAUCCUUUGAACAUUGAAGCAGCAGAACACCAUUUGAGAGAUAAGGACGAGUAUCGGAAUAAAGUUGAGGAUUACAUCAAGCGGUACGCCAGAUGAUGCCAACUUUAAAUCUAUGAUCGCCUUUCCAAGAGAACUGGCCAUCCUGUAUGGGGUCUUCAGAGCCAUAUGGGGGAGGUAUCUGGAAGCCAUUGAAUGGGUUUUGUGCCCUCUCCCUGCCAGACUGAUACAAACCAAACAUUUUACCUCCAGCCCCUAAACUCUUAAUGCCAUCUCCGCAUCCAGCCAGCCUGCAGGAACUGCAAAAACUCGACUUCUCCCCGUUUUUGGCUUUUGAUGUGUGUGCUUUUUUUCUUCUUUGUUUAUUUGCAUGGGGAGAAUAAUUCUGUUGUUUUUUUUUUUUUGUUUUGGUUACUUUUUUCUUUUUAUAUUGCUGAAUAACACUUAACAGCGUACAAGGAGGGUUAUGUGAAAUCUGCCCAGAGAUGUGCAGAUGUUUAGAUGCACAGUGUACUCUCUGGGAAUGUCUUGCCAGGUAGUCCUGAGUUAACAGUAUAUUUUUGAGAUUUACAGAUGAAUUGCAGAAGAUGUUCCUCUACAGGCUUCUUUAGGGCUGAACUGCAAUCAAAAAUAUUCAUAACAACCAAACGAUAUUUAAUUCUGGGAACUGCGGUAAAGUUUGCAGCUAACUCAAAUUUAAAGUUUAACAAAAGUCAAACUGGUUUAAAUCUUUUUGACACCCCAAUGUAAUCUUGGUGGCUCCCCAAUGUACAAUAUAAGCUCAGUAUGUCCCUGCAUAACUCUUACUUACCAGACGUGAAGUUUACAGCGUUCUGAGUUUAGGGCCACAUGAGGCUGGAGCUAGACACCAAAUCCACGUGACAAGUCUCAGUAACUAGUGGGCUUGCGUGGCAGCAUCUUAAAAUACAUUAUUUUUAAACUAUGAUUUUAUCUGUGCACUGGCAGAGGUCGGGGCAGUAAUGCAGAUCUUCUGGCAGUGAAAGAGUUACUAGUGCACAGGGUGGGAUUUCACAGAGGUUAGAACAGGGGUGAAAUUACUGUGAUAUUGCAACUUUAAAUUAUUAUCUUGAUUAAAGGCGCUUUGAUGGAAACUCUGUAACCACACCCUGAAAAUGUAUAUGGGUAAUAUAAAUACACGGAUAUGCACUUUCUUUGCUCUA